AGGCGUCUACAAGAUUUCUAUCAACGAGAAUCCUUUCAAAAUGUCUACCAACAUAGAUAGAUCUCUAGUGAAAAAGGGGAGACCCAAAUAUUGGUUUGAAUUGAAUUUCUUGGCUCUAUUUUUCAAAGAUGACAUUAUCAAAGACCAGAAAAAGUUAAAGAAGAAAGCAUUGAAAAAGAAGACACAGCAGACUCAGAAAAAAGGAACACAGCAACAGCUCAAGACUAAACAGGGUAACAAGGGAACCUCCAUUAAACAAAAUCAGAGAAGAAGAAUAGCUGGAAAAAAUGCUGGUCAGUCUGCACAACAGAGACAGGGAGCCCAGGGUCGAAACAGGCCAGCAACCAGGAAGCAAAAGGGUCAGGUGGCUCAGCAAAGACAAGGCAGUGGUAAUCAAACCUACAAGAAAAACCAAAAUUUACAAAACAAAGGAAGAACUCGGGGAGCUAAAGUGGCUGCAAAUAGACUUAAAAACAAGCAGAGUAUGGCACAGAAGAGUAAAAAGAUUAUUUCCAAAGCCAAGCAGAUUCAACAGAAUAGAAGGCUCAGUAACAGACAAACUCAGCAAAAAGAUGCCAGACAAAAUAUCAUCAACAAUAGAAGAGGAAUGCAGAUAAACCGACAAAACAAGGCACAGAAUGUGAAAAGUCUUGGAGCAACUAGACAGCAACAGCGAAACAGGCGUGGUAUGCAAGGUCCUCAACUAACUGUGUCCAUUAAUAAUCCAAGAGCAACGUUGACAAGAACCCCACAGUGGAAACAGCCUGUGAAUCAACAAACUAAUCCAAGGAACAGGAGAAGAUGGAGAGGAAAGUUUGGAGCAAACAAUCCAAGAGGCGUGGGUCCAACUGAGGAUCUGAGAAUUUCAGUGCCAAAUAAUUUAAAUCAGCCUCCCCCACUUAAGCCACUUGUGUACACAAACUAUUACAAUCCACCGACGAAUACUGCCAUGACUGGGAAGACAUUCUCCACUCUGGAUGAAAGAUUCUCCAGCAUGUCUCAACACAAACCUGUCAGGACUAUCUUUGUGGAGUAGAAAACACUUUUAAUUUAUUUUUAUUAUUGCCACUGUUUCUUUGGUGUUUUUACUGUUUUUAUUAGUUUAACACUGUUGUUUAUACAAUAUACUUGUAACUGGCUUAUUAUUUACUUGGACAUGAAAGUCACACAAAUGUGUAAAAUUGUUUUUUCAUCUUUCAAGACAAGUCAUAUAAGGAGUUUGUUCAUGAGUAUUUUUAUUCGAGUGCUUUUUUUUUAACACUGAAAAAAAAAAGCAGUAAGAAACAGCAGUAAGAAGUGGCUAAUGUCUGCCAUCUGUCAAGUCUUAAGCUUGAUGCUCUUUCCUUCAGAUCAAAAAAUUUGACCUCACUUCACCUUGCAAGCUCACACUUCUUACUUGGAGAUUGUCAAUCCCAAUGGGAAAAAAAAAUCUUACACACAACUCAAGCCUUGACAUACGUUUUAAAAUAUUCAGGAAGUGCAAAAAGAGCUCAACCAGAUCAAGAAUGGAAAGAUGAUGUAAAAGGUUAAUGCUGUCCUGUUUCCAUAUUUUCCAAGUACAGUUGAACCUGUUUUUAGUGGUCAUCUUGUGUUAACCCUUAAACUACCAAGAUCUGAUUAUUAAUUCUCCCCUCUAGCUGCUACACAUUUCCUUGCAAAUAAGUCACAAGAAUCUGGUGUUAGAUCAAUAAUUCUAACUUCUACCUGAUAAGUUGGAGUAUUCUCAUUACAUGUUGGCUGAAUAAUGUGUGGAUGUUAUAGGGAGAAGUUUCAUGUUAAUCACAGAUGGGAGUUAAGGCUUAAGUGGUCAUGGUCACCCUUUACUAAGUCCCAAGGCCUCUAAAAAUGUAUUUUUCUCCACCUGUAUUGAACAUUCACCAGAUGCAGGACCUCUCAAAUAAAACUAAGAAUCAUCUUUCCAGUAAAAUUUAAUCCAUGAAUGUUUAUCCCCCAAAAUGAACAUCAGUGGUAUUUUUGAGCAAGUUUUAAAAAAUUAGGUGGUCAGUUAUGGCAAAGCAUGGUGUUUUUUUAUCUUUUUUUUAUAAUACUCCUAUUCUGUGGAACCUGUCUUAAGUGGACAACCCCAUUUACUUGCUUUUCCAUAUUGAAAAAUGUAAAGCAGUAGAGAGGAUGCUGUGUCAGAACACCUCAGGUUGUCUUCUAGAAUUCUUUUCUCAUCCAUGAUCAGGUCCUACACAGAAAUUCUCAUUCCUUUGCCUUGUAGAAAGUUGACAGGUGUAUACGCCUCUGCUGAUAUUGAGCAGAAAGGCUUGAUGUUUUAUAUUAUUAAUAUAUUAUACUCGAUUUACUGUAUGAAACAAUAUCAACUUAUUUGCUCCAUUUGGAGCUUAGAGUACCUAGUAUGAGAAAUGUUAAUGAGAGAUUAAAAGUGAGGAUGCAGUGUUCUCUUUUAUUGAUCAAUGUGAAG